CACUUUCUCUUAGUCACUCCUCAAUCUCUCCCAGACAUCCAAGAAUAAUACAGAAGAACCUUCACUCUCAUCACCAUGAAGGGAACCUGGGCUGUCGUCCUUUGUUCACUGCUCCUGAUUGCAGUUGAAAUUCAAGGGCAGUUGACCUCUGGAAAAGGACGUUGCAGCUGCAUAGACAAAGGUUCUGAUUUCAUUCAGCGAAAAGCCUUAGGAAAAAUAGAAGUGAUUCCCAAGAGCUCUUCCUGUGACCAUGUUGAGAUCAUUGCGACAAUGAAGCCCAAAGGAGAGCAAAGAUGUUUGAACCCUAAUUCCAAAUGGGUUCAGAAGAUGAUGACAGCCCUCAUCAAGAAAAGGUCUUCACAAAGCACUCACCCGUAAAGGAGAAGAGCUAAAGAUCACUUCAACAGACUAAUGAUAUUUUAAGGAUUUGAGCACUUCAGGCUCCCUCUUUGAGUCACAUGGAUGGGUUAUUAUAUUAUAAUCAUAACUCAGAGAUAAAAAUAUUCUCAGGUAACACAUACUAAGAAUUCUAAGUUAGUUUUUCUACCAGGUUUGAAAUUAAUGUAGUUCUUAGAUAUACAUGUUCCAUGUUAAUUUACAUAAUAUCAUAUAUGAUUGUUGUUCUAGGGUAUGUAAAACAUUUGUCUGUAGGCUUUAUAAAUAAAUUGAAGAAGGCUUAUAAUCUAAAGGAAACCACACUCUGUGUUUAACUUAUGUAUAAACAUUUAUAGACUAAAUGCAUCUGAUCAUUAUGAAAUGUAAUAUAACAAAUGACUGUAACAGAACAUGCACACACAUUCCUUGUGUUAGACUUCUCCUUUUAAAGAUAAACCAAUUAAAGUGAAUGAAAGACACUGAAAACUGUAA